AUGGCUAAAGAAGAUCCCACAGUUGAAGAAGUUGAAGUCAUGUCACUUGAUUUUGAACAAAGCAUGCCCCUGCCACAUGUUCCUUUUGGUGACGUUUUCUACAAGCGCCAGUUGUCGUUUUAUCCAUUUUGCAUCAAUAAGGGCAGCGUUUCGAAUAGUUACUUUUAUGUUUUUGAUGAAAUAACGGGUCGGAAAUCUCCAAAUGAAGUGAUAAUUUGCUUACAAGAUUUUAUUAACUACAUUUAUCCUGAGAACAGCAAUAUUAAGAAUAGUUCUUUUGCAAAAUUCACCACAUCGAAAUAUAAAGUUGUCGAAUAUAGUGAUGAACAUAAGGAAACUGUUACGUGCUUAGAGUCAGCGAAUGGUUUAGUCACUGAAGAUUUUGUUCUUCUAAAUAAAUCUUGUGUACCGAAUAUUCUAGAAGUACAAAAUAAGGUUUAUAAUAAUGCCCCAUUGCCUUUAAAAAAGGAUAAGCUCUUAAAUGUUAUGGAAUUGGCCAGACAGUAUGUUGGCGAUGCUGAAACCAACAACUUGUACAUACAGAGACAUAAGAAUGCCAGACAUCUGAAACAGAAGAUGAAGAUCAAUAACAUAAGAAGAAUAUUACCUGGUUUUUGGAUUUUCAUAUUCCAUUUGUUUUUUUUAAUGAUAUAA